AUGUUCGACCUAGGAGGAGGGAUGGCCAGGCCCCAGGGUAGGCGGAAUGGGGGCAUCAAAGUGAGUAAGGACAGAGAAGAUAAGAAAAGGGAAAUAGGAUGGAAAGAAGAAGAGAAAGAGAAAAAAAGGGAUAUGAAUGAGAAAAGGGAAAUGAAAGAAGUGUGGGGAGGGGACGCCGAAUUAAUGUUCAACCUAGGGUACCGAAUUGAUGUUCAACCUGGUUUCAUGUAUAAGAAGGACGGAACCUGCCCAGCUAGUGAGGUGGUAAAUAGACUCUCGAAUGCAGUUUGCGAUAAUGAAGAAUGUGUAUACGAUGCAGACUGUGAAGGCACAGAAAAAUGCUGUAUCAACAGCUGCGGAGGAAGAUCAUGUGUGGUCCCACAAGAUAUCGUAACGGAUCCUCCCGUGAUAUCAGAGGUGGAUGAUCAGUCAGGUUUGUUGACUGUCAAUGAAGGAGAGACUGCAGUUCUCUACUGCAAUGCCUCCUCCAGGAUCCCGACAUCCUUUGGCUGGAUUCUUAUUCAACCUGGAGCGAGCGUACCAAACAUUGAUGUCUUUCCUCCAGGCUCUGCCACAGGAAACAAACGAGUGUCUAGCGAUGGGAGAAUAAUGACAGUGACCGGCGCCACGAUCCAGGAUACAGCUAACUACGCAUGCGUGGCAGCUUCCUUACUUGGUUACGUCACAAGGUCUUACCAGCUAUUCGUUCACGCCACAGGAUCAGGAGGGAUAGUUCACCCUCCUGGCACGAUACGAGGAGAGGAUCAGCCACUCGCUGUAGCGGGAGCAGCGAACAGUAACCCGGAUGUUGCCUCUAAUUGGCCAGAACUUGUGAAUCCCUAUCUGACCGAACUAUCACAGCGGAUAUCAACGACGCCCCCACCGACAGCGGUGCCUACCCCAUCAAUGGCUAGCGUGCCUACCGGUGGCGGUGGAAUGGAUGGGGCUUUCCAUGGCGUGACAAAUUCAGUGUGCCAGCAACCAAGAAACAAGGGAACUUGUAACAGCCAAGAACAAAGAUGGUUUUUCAACACAUCGAAGGGCAAAUGUGAGCUUUUCACCUACAGUGGCUGCAAUGGGAAUCUGAACAAUUUCCGAACCUACGACGAUUGCAACCGAACAUGCCCGCCUCUCUCCGACAACCCGUGCGAACAGCCGAUCACGACCGGACCUUGCCGAGCGCGUAUCAUGAGAUGGGGGUAUGACAGCAACGCGGGAGGGUGUGUCAAGUUCGUCUAUGGUGGUUGCAGGAGAAAUGGAAACAACUUUGGAACGAGAGAGGAGUGUACCGAUGGGUGUAUGCAAACAAUGAUUUAUGACACCUUGCAGCAAACAUCGAGUGCCCGGGUCGCAGAGUGCCGUUGCACAAGGCCUCGACUUAAAAACUGUUUUUGUGCUUCUGAGUUUGCAAUCGAAGGGACCGUUAUUCAGAAGCACAACUCAUUACGUGGUGACAUCCUUGUCGUAGAGGUCGCUAAUGUAUUUAAACAAGGAACCCUGUCGCUGAGGAAGACCGAGAGAUUAACAAAUAACGUCACAAUCAUUCGAGACAUGUCACAAAUCGGGAGGAGUUGUCAGUGUCACAGCCUUGAACCAAAUAAAGUUCCAUACAUCAUCAUGGGCUACGUCAACAUGAGGGGAGAUGCAGAGAUUGAUUCCAACUCUUACGUCAGUGAGGCAACACGACGGAGAUCAAACAAACUCGGGAGCCAAAAUAUGAGGCCGCAGUACUGUCGGCAAGCCUCGCGCCAGAGCCCCCGCGAGAGAUCGGGCUCUCGAGGACGACAGGAACAAUAGAAUGGAGGACGUAGAGGGCGUCGCAGAGUCACCAGACAGUAGUAGCGAUAAGAAGAAAUGACCAGUGAGAUGGUUUCUUACGAUGCGUCAUUCCAUUGCGCCUAUCAACAACGUUGAGUCCAAGAGGUUCCGUCGAACACGAGGCGACUGUUUGCUAACUUAGCAACUGCCAGAAAGAUUCAACCGUCAUUCGAUGCAACAAUCAAACCACAAAUGAGAGUGGUAUAAUGCCCUAAGUUGAUCCAUACAUACAGGAGAACUCGUAUCCCCGAACACUGCCUAAAUACCCCCCCCCCCCCAAAGAGCCUUACUCAGCCUUGAAAUCGGGGCCACCAAUCUCUGAAGCGUUGGAAAAUACUAUCAUUGUGCAGUGAUUAUGAAUCGUAUUCUGCAUAUGGACAGUCCUGCAAAGACGAUCUCAAACAAUGCCAACAAUCAAGUAAAUUACUUGAUACAUUCCUGCAUGAGUUAUAAUGAGUUCAAAAUAUUUACAGCCAUUUCUACAUACUGCCAUAAACCUAUUUGCUUGUUUGUGUAUCUCAACUGCAUAAUACUAUCUGGUCCAUUCUAGAGUCUGUUAACGUAAUGGAUUGACGCCUCGGUAAGGACUAUACUUCUCAUAUCUACUUUGUAUCUAUUAACGCUGUAAAUCAUUGUACAGGUUCUUACGACUGAUUAUUUGAAUAUCCUCAUCAUUACUCAUUAUUUGCAACUGAGGUAAAGAUAUCGAAAAUGGUCCUACAGAUAAUUUCUUAUUUUAUCACCUUCAAAUUCGUUGGUAUCAAAAUAUGAUUCCGUAUGUUUUGGUGAAUCAUUUACUCUUUGACAAGGGGCAUUAUCUCACAAGACAAAAAAAACCCGAGAACACUAAUUACUACAAUAUAAUUCUAGUAAUGAGUAUACAAAAGGCGGAGGGAAGUAUCACUGCGCAUGCGUGGAAACGGCGUUCAUUUGGUUUAGUGGGUUUUGUUCAUAGUGAUGUAUACAUCUCUAUGGUUUUGUUCCAUUAAAACUUUUUGUAGUAUUACGCGUUUUCUGCGCUGCAACAUGCAGUUCAUAAUAGAUUAAUGCGUCGGUAUUUUGAAACCGUAAGGUGGAAAACCCUGGAAUAAGUUGGCUGGUGGGAAACAGACCAAUCAAAGAAGCAAAUUAAUGAAAUUUUGAGAAAAAGUAAACAACUAAUGAUAAGAUAGUGACGAGCAUUUGAAUGUUGGGAUCAUUAAUGCUAUGUUGACCCCCCCCCCCCCCCCAUUGGCAAUACGGCCAAGAUUUGUGAUGUCACAGAAGUGAAAAUAUCUAUUUUGUCCCUGACCACUGAAAAUACACACCCGAACAUAUAUUUUUGCUCCUUAUAAUAAUACUACAAAUUCUUUGUUUAUGAUUUAUUUUAUGAAACCUUUAUUACAUGUCCACCCAUGCAAAAAAACUUCAUCUAUUGAUAGACUUGACAAAAGUGACAAUAAACUUAAAAUGUGUAGUAAAGUUUAAGUGGGGAGUUGUACAACUGUAAUAUCAGAAUUGUUGGUAUCAUUGCCAAUGGGAAGAUGUCCACGCAAUUAGCAAGAUUAGUGAUAUAGUGAUCUCAAUAUUGAAAUGUUUAUAUAUAUUUUUUUUUUUUUGCUUGUUUGAUAUUUUUUUUUCGGUUUUCAUGCAAGCUUACUUGAUGCAAGGGUUUAAUUCUUCUUUUAAUCUUAAUCAAAUAGGGGGCAAUCUAUGAGAAUGUGAAUUAAAGCCUGUGCUGUUGCAUUUGCUUUUUUAGUUGUAUUGUUGUUUUCUUGUAAUGUCUUUUUUCAUUUAGAUAUCUUUCUCUUUUUAAUUUCUUUUUUUCAGAAGGGGCGUAGGCUAUUUGUCGUUUUUCUGUUGUUCAUUGUUGUCUUGUAUAUACAACAAAUAAUAAUUAAAGUUAUUUGUUAACAUUGGUUUGACUUUUAAAAAAUCUGAGCUAGAAGGUCACACUUGUCACCUGUGUCUGUGAUAUGUUACAAAAAUGAAGCCCAGAAAAAUUGCGUUCGAAAAUAAUUAUUUAGUGCUUCAAAAAUUGAAAUAUAAGGUGACCGAAAAAACCCAUCUUAAUUUCAUCCCAUACACUUAUGUGUACUAUUUAGGCGUCUAUAAGACGCCAAUUUACAAAAUCGGGGUUUGCCUUGUAGUUUUAGCUUUUCAUUCUCAAUAAUGGUUGUUUUCAGGGUUUAUUAGUUCUAAUACAUGCACUUGUACACAUGUUUCAUCUUGGUUUGAGAAUUUUUUUAAAUCGGCUGCUCACAAAGUUAAACAAUACCUUUAAUUUCGUGUCUUAAAGAGGAAAUGAAAGUUACUAUCCGUAAAAUCAUCCUCAGAUAAUUAGUUUUCAAUCAUUGCCCAUGAGCACAAUUUGUGUUGAGCCCUUAUCGUAGAUGGGCAUGUCAGAUGAGGGGACUCUUAUUUCAGACAGAAGCAUAUCUAGGGAAAGCAUCGCCAGAGGAGGGGGUUCAAAUGACGUCAUUUGUUUUUAUAUCUGACAAUGGGAGUUAGCGUUUAAAUCACAUCCUUUCAAUAUCUUUCCAAAAAAGCAGCUUCUUUAUAUGAUUUUAGUUUGUAUUACAGUGAUUUUUUCCCCAUUCUUUUUUUUAAUAAACGUUAGCACACACCCUCGAAAUUGAAUCCGGGGCACGUUUUUCUUUGCCCCCACUGGAUAUGCAACUGAUUGCUACACAGUAAAAAAAACAUUAUACAACGCUGUUUACUAUAUGAACCUUACAGUAAUUGUUUAAACAGUUUAAACAAGUGUUUGAAUCUUUAGCAACAGAGUUUAAUUUUCAAUAUCUAAUCUUCAAUAAAUUACACAUGAAACGAUUAAACAAAUACUGUAAGGUACAUAUAGUAAACAGCGUUGUAUAAAAUCUUAAGCAGCGUUUUUACUGUGUAAAUGUGUUAUUGUUUGACAACUCACCAUAAAAAAGGCAUGUAAACGCCAUUUAUGCCAUUCCUUGUGAUUAGAGUUCAUUCCUUUACGAUUUCCGAGUUCCUAUUCUCAUUUAUAUGUCCUUUUUAUCAUUUCAGAUAAAACAAAAUUGAUAUAUUAUGCAUCACAUGAAAACAAAACGUCAAUCUUAUCUAUGUUCACAAUUAUAUUACGUUUACAUUGUAAUUACCAUUAUAUUCUUAUCUUGUUAGCAGGUUUAUUUUUUGUUUAUCAUGAAAUACCUUGAAUAUCUUAUCGAGAGCCCGUUGCAUGAAAGUUAUUAUUGUGGUAACUUUGCCUUCCAUCGGUAACAUUACCCAAUAGCCAAUCAAAAUCAAGGUUUCCAUGAAAUAUUCAGUUGGAUGGCAAAGUUGCUACAAUAUGCAACGGGGUCCAGAAAGGAAAUAAUCCUGUAGAAUUUCUUAUAAUAUUGCUGAUUAAGAAAUAGAACAUGCAUAAUGAAUGCUUAAUGAAAUAUGAUUUCAUCAUUUUUUUAUUAUAAUGAUACCAUCAAAAAUAUGUCUAAAAUUCUUGCAAAUAGAUAAAACUGAAGAUCCUGUUGUUAUUUACGUUGAAGAUAUAUCAACAUAAUAGGAGAAACUUAACAAAAGACAGUUAUGAGGGGCAGACUUUGACAUAACAUAAAAGUAUGUCACAUACAAACGUGAGAGUGUAUUUGUUUAUUUCCUUUAAUAAAUAGAAUAUUUAAACCAAGCCCAAUAAAAUAGUAAAUAGAACUACAGACUUUUUCA